GCAAGGAGGCGCCAAGAUGGCGGCGCUGUGGGGCGGCGGCGCGGGAUAUGCCGGUGGUGGGGGGACCCUUCCUCUGCGAGGUGCCUCGGAGUCCGUGGUGGGCAAUGGCCUUUCUUCCACGCAGUACUUGUUGGCAGAGGAUUUGCACUUGGCCUCACUGGAGGCAGAAACCAUCCUUGAAGCAGGAGAGUUCCUGGAGACAAUGCAGAGCUACAUAGACUCCUCCGUCAUCUCCAUCAUUGAGGAUUUCAGCAGCCUAACUGAGACAAAAGGCUGCAUGGAUGCAGAGAACGAGCUUUCACUGUUGACUGCAAUCACAGAGAUUCUGGAUAGCACUGAUGAUGAAUUUCUGUCCCCCUUUGACACUAUUCCUGACUCUGAGUUGCUGACAUCACCCAGGGGUUGUGACAGUUCUUCGGUUGAAGCCACUGCCAGCCUUCCUUUGGCACCAACUCCAGAUUGUCCCAAGGACUCCACUCCAUCAAAGAAAUCCAAUAGUAAAGCACCCAGGGGGCGGAGGCCGUUGUGGCUUAGGGAACAAGAGCAACCUGGGCUGCAGCACAGUGACAGGGAGCAAAAGGAUGGCGAUGAGCCAGCAACGGGCUGCAGACAGAAUUUUGUGGCAGGUGUGAAGGAGAUCCCUGCAGCAUCAGCAGCAAAAGAGGCUGAGAGAAGCUAUGGUGAAAGCAAUGGCCCUUGUAUCAUUGCCCCAGAGAGUAUCUCCCUCAGUGAGCUGGUGAAGUCAAUGCAUCCUUACUGCCAGCCCACCAUCACUGUAUGCCUGAGUCCUGAAAGCCAGCCCCUUGCUGAGGAGCUCCUUGCUGGCCCAGUUGUUUUGGAGAUCGUGCCUGACGAUGGUGAGAGCAUGGAGAUCCCAGUGGUUCUGCAGAAUAUAGAGGUAGAGCGCCCCUGCCAAACUGAGAGCAGCUGCACAGCUGACCAAGUGAAUGAAGAGGCAGUUCCUCCCCUGGAAAAGGCAUCACCCCAAGACAGUGGAGGCCUGAACAGAGACCCGGACUUGGACAAACAGGCUGAGGGAGUAGACUGGACUGUUCUCCCAAAUGCAGAAGAUGAUCGUCCACAGGAAGCUUUGAAAUCAGCAGGUGACAAACAGAACAGACCUGAGCCUGGCCAACUUGCUCCCAGAAACAUGAGGUCCAGAACCUCAGGGAAGGGCCAUAUACAUGAACUCACCAAGAAGAGAAGGAAAAAAUCGAAUAGGGGAACUAAGCGACAAGAGAAGGCAGUAAACUGCAAGCAGGUUUCAGCCUGUGGUGAAGACCAUGCCCAACCUAAACCAAGAAGCCCUGUUCCAGAUCUUGACUUUCCAGAGAUGCAGCCAGAGAAAGCUGGAAGCCAAGGGCAGGGUGAAUUGCUUCCAGAUGAUGCAUCCCAGGCAGUGGAAAGCCAGGACACUCAGUUGGACUUGCCAUUGAAGUGUGAAAUGGAGAUGGAGCCCAAAAACCCAGAUAAAUCAAGUUUGAAAAGUGCGAGGAUUUUGCCAAGCACUCAGCCCCAGGGAAUUGCAGACACUGUACCUACAGACCAGGCAGAUGUGCAGAGGGAGGCCAGCAAAGGAGGCCAGCCUGCCCUGCCAGGGAAUGAAAAGGCUAACCUGGAAGCCUCCCAGGUGUCCCCCUGUGGCACCAUGGAUCUUGUAGGGCAGCCUCCAGGAAGCCCCCUUUGCACCAAUAAUGAGGAACUCAGCUUCCCCACAAAGGAAGCCAAGCCCAGGCCUCUGAGCCUGAGGGAGUACAGGCAGCGCCAACAACAGCGCCAGUCUAAUAAUGGAAAUACUAGGACCACAGCAGAGAAACAGAUGACCAGCAAGUGGCCCAGUCUUCCUGAGCUCCCCAAAGAGCUUCCAGAGCUUCCUUGCCUCACAGUCCCUCCUCCACUGCCCUCCACCAAGGCCGCUGCGCCUGGAGGGGCAAAGGAGCCUGAGAAGCCUGCCAGUUGCUCUACACUUCCAGCCCCAGCUGCAGGCAAGGCUGGUGCGAUGCCGCACUCCGUGCUGCCUCCCACUGCCCCGGCUGUGCCAAGGCCUGCUCCUCCUCCGCAGCCUGGUUCUGGUGCCGUAGCUGUUCCUGCUGUGUCUCCACAGCCUAGUGCAGUAGGAGCCUUUCCUCCUGCAGGAGUGCCGGUGCCCCCAACGCUGCCCCCACCUUACCUACCCCCAGCCCCAGGUUCUUUCCUACCACCCCCUUCCAAUUCCUACAUCUUGAGCUCACCACCACCACCACCAGUGCCUUCCUGGUCUCAGUUUGUCCCUGUGCCAGCCAACUACCAAAGUUUGCCCCCUCCACCUCUUGCUCCUGAAGCUCGCACUCCUGUUUUCCAUGCUGUUCCUCCCGUGCCCCCUCCAACCUGGCCUCCCCCACCUGUUCCCCUGCCACCUUUUGCUGCCAGCCUGUCUUACAGCUCUGUCGACUGGGCUCCGGGACUGCAGCCUCCUUACUGGUCUGGUAUUCCAGUUCCACCUCCACAAUUGCCCAUCCCAUACGGCAAUCAAGGAGCUGUUGUGCCGAGUCCCUCAGUUGGCACCUUACCCGCACCAACUAUUCCUGAAGGGAUGCAUGGCCAGCAGAGUACAGCUUUGACACUAGAGCCUUCUCGCUUCUGCCUGCAGUCAAGCCAGCCUGCCCCAGGACCCCAAGUACAAAGCCCUUCUGCUGUCAAGACUGCUCCCAGAAGAGUGUCUGAUCCGAGGAGGAAAGCACAGUCCUUGGCCGCCCAGCCCAAAGCGGAGGUGACACCAAGCAGUUUUCAGCUAUUGGGGAAGCAGCCUUCUGCAUCAGUUACUGAGUCUUCAGAGGAACCACCAUUGACUGGGCAUAGCAACAAGAGCUCCCCCACCCAGUCCUUAUGGGAGGACCGUUCUAUUCCUGCAUCCCAGCAAGGCAGGGAUCCCACUGGCACACUGAAAUCCUCCAAAGAUCCCCUUUCUUUGCCUGUUCUCCAACCGGUGGUGGAUGCCUCAGCCCUCUCUGGCCCCAUGGAGAAAACUUUCACUAAACCUACUGCAGGUCAGAGUGCCAAAGAUGUUUCUCCUGCUUCCCAGCUACAAGAAGAAAACCAGUGUUCCCUUCCAGCUGCCUCAGUGCCAGAAAAGCUGACAGUUAAAAUGGAGACACAUAUCAAGGAACCUGCCCCAACAGUUUCCAGUUCUCCAGCAGCAUCACUGCCCCCCAGGGUACAUGAAACUGACCAGCUUUCCGAUAAACCACAACAUACAUGGAAACACAAGCCUCUCAUCAGCAUUUCACAGUGCUGCCGCAAUAAAGACAUCAUUCAAGCAUUUAUCAAUGAGAUUGGAAUUGAAGCCUCUGACUUGUCCAGCCUCCUAGAACAAUUUGAGAAGACAGAAGCCAAAAAGGAAGCUUCUGGUAUGGCAAAGUCCAAGGAAAAUGUGGCAGCAAGGGAUGAUUGCUCUGAGGCACAGCGAGAAAAGAAAAUGGUGGACCGGCUUCAGACACCGGAGCUCACCAAUGUUGCAGGCCUGACCCCUCCAGCUACUCCACCGCAUCAGCUGUGGAAGCCUUUGGCAGCCAUCUCACUGCUGGGGAAAGCUGGUUCCUCAAAAGCUUCCAGGCUUCUGAAACCCCUGAGCAAACCUCCCAGAAAAGCUCCAGCCCCUGUUCAUGUUGGCUCUGGGGAACAUGACUAUUGUCAGCUUGGUGCUGCCCAGAAGAAGGGAGGCUCCCAAUGGAAUGUCAAACACAGCUUGAAUAUCGAUAUAACUCCUGUCAAGACCGAGGCAAAGGAAGUGCCAGACCAACAUGCCACAAGCCAGCCUCCUGCUGCCGCCAGAGUGGACCCCAUAGGCACCCUCAGUUUGGCUACUGCCUACCAGAAUCCCAAAGAGCCUUCCAGCCCUGUUCAUGCUAGCCAGGGCCAGGCUAAAUUUUCCAGCUCUGUUUCAGUCUCAGAGUCUGUCACAUCGGAGUCACCAUUGCUGGAAAGCAGCCCACGUAAAGAGCCACUGGAUCACCGGACUAGUACACCAAAAUCUGUGACUAGGGUCAGCAAUGCGCCAUGCUCUGUACUGCUAACUCCAGCUGCAUCUCCCUGCCGGGAUGCAGAGGAAGCAACACUGCAACAACCUCAGGAGGCUCAGAAGUGUCUUGCCUCUAAACGAUCCUUGCGAUGCUAUCGAGGCAGACAGAAGUCAGUCAGUCCCCAGAAGGGCAGCUGGAAAGGUCGGCGAAACCGUGCCAGUCAGUCCUUCAGUUCCAGCUCUGAUGGUGAUAGUGAUGCCUCCUCUUCUUCUACUUCUUCCUCUUCCUCCUCCUCUUCAUCACGAUCGCGGUCACGGUCACACUCUCGCUCUCCCCCAUCAAAGCGCCGGAGGAGAUAUCGCUCACGAAGUUCUGGCUCUUCUUCCUCUGAACGUUCAUGGAGCCGGUCAAAGGGCAGGUCCCCGUCUUCCUCAUGCUCCUCCUACUUAUCUAGAUCAUCAUCCCGCUCCCCCUCCUACCGAAGAAGUAGCUACAGGAAAAGAAGACACAGAUACGAUUCCAGCAGUUCCCGUGAGCGUUACCAAAGGCAGAAAAUGCAAUACAAAAAUCGUGCAAUAGAAGAGCGCCGUGUUGUCUUCAUUGGGAAGAUCCCAAACAAGAUGACCCGUUCAGAGCUACGACACCGUUUCUCUGUAUUUGGGGACAUUGAAGACUGCACACUGCACUUUCGGGAGCAUGGGGAUAACUAUGGCUUUGUGACAUACCGCUAUGCUGAAGAAGCCUUCGCUGCCAUAGAUGGUGGAAAUGCUCUGCGUCGCCCUGAUGAGCAACCCUUUGAUCUCUGCUUUGGAGGACGCCGGCAGUUCUGUAAAAGGAACUACGUUGACUUGGAUUCUAACCAAGAUGACUUUGAGCCUGUCUCUUUGAAGAACAAAUAUGACUCCCUUGACUUCGACACCUUAUUGAAGCAGGCUCAGCGGAGUCUGCGGAGGUAACGCUAGCUCUCCCGGGCUUGUUCUGCCCGGUAGGCAUCUUGCCUACACUAGCCUUACCUCUGAUUGGCUGUAGGGGCAGGUGAACCCUCAGGCCUAAUCGCCAUGUCGAGUGUGGUUUUGUAACAAAAAUGUCAAAAAUCCCGUAAAUAAUUUUUAUCCUGUUUUUCUAGGGACUAUUUAAGGGGAAAGAUGAUGUUAAACUAUGAGGACAGGAAUGGAAAACACCAACCAGCUUCCAUUUACUUAAUCACUAUGCAGACAAUAAACUUCAACCAUAGACCUA